CAUUUUCGAUUUGCGAGCUCAAAAAGCUCUAACUCAAGCAAAAUUCUCAACAUCACUCUCUCUCUCUCUCUCUCUCCAUUUUCUUUCUUUUUCCUCAACCACCACUCUCCAUUUUUCAUCAUCUUACACAAAACCACCAAUACUCUCUCUCUAAAAACAAUAAAAAUUCAAUCUUUUUUGUUGUUCUUGAAAAAAACCAUGUCUUUUACAGUUUGUUUCAGUUUCAGAUCUUAAGGGGUUGUUUCUACUAAUGUUUUGAACCUUUUUUCUUCUUCUGGGGUUGAAUAAAAAACAGAAGGGAAAAUCAAGAAUCAGAGCUUUUUUUUUUUAUUUUUUUUGAAUUCUGUUUGUUAAGGGGGUGGUGGUUCUUGUUUUUCUGUAUAGGGUAAAGGGUGUUUGUUUGUAUGAUUUGUUUUUUUGUCUACUUUAAGAGAAUCCAUCCAUCUCUUUUUCAGUGAUAUUUGGGAAAAAGAACUCCAUUUUUGGCUUGUAAUCCGAAAAUUCAGGUUGGGUAUCAAACGUGUCAUUUAUUCCAGCUCAGAAUCUUGAAAUUCAUGAAAAAAAGUUAAAGUUUUUUUUUUUUUUUGCUUAAGAUUCCAAAAAUUUGAGAGUUUUGAAGCAAAAAUCAAAGGGCUAUUGGUAGAAAGUUAAAAGUUCUUUUUAAUGAUGAUGGAGUUUGGAGGUUUGUGUGAAUGGAAAUGGUGUAGUAAAGUAUCAAACACGAGUAAUUUACAGCUGAAGUGAUUUUUUUUUUUGAUUUUGUUGUCCUUUUCUGCCAUAUCUUUCGUUGAGCAGUUUUGGCUGUACCUUAAUUUGUAAGUUUAGCGUGAAGUGUAUGUUUGAGCCUUGUGUAGAAACCAAAAGGGGGAGAACCUAGGAAUCUUCUAGUUCAAUCAAGAUCGUCCAUUUCAUCUUGUCUGAGAUCCCUAGAAAAAAAAAGAACAAAAGAAAAAGAUAAAGCCUUUGUUUCAGAGAAUCUUAGUUCUCUGUAUAGAUAUAUAUACAUAUAUAUGUAAAGCUGCUAAGGAAGUAGUUUCAGGGAAUAUAUCUACUUGGGGGUGUUUUGAAAAUCUUGAUUUUUUUUUCUGGGGUUUGGAUUUGAGGGAAAAUGGCUAUGGUGGCUCAACAGCAUAGGGAGAGUAGUAGUGGUAGUAUUACUAAACAUCUUGAUAGUAGUGGAAAGUAUGUUCGAUAUACGGCUGAGCAAGUUGAGGCUUUGGAGAGGGUUUAUGCAGAGUGUCCUAAGCCUAGCUCGUUGCGUCGACAGCAAUUGAUCCGUGAAUGUCAUAUUCUGUCGAAUAUCGAGCCUAAGCAGAUCAAAGUUUGGUUUCAGAACAGAAGGUGUCGAGAGAAGCAAAGGAAAGAGUCUUCUCGAUUGCAGACUGUGAACAGAAAGUUGUCUGCGAUGAAUAAACUGUUGAUGGAGGAGAAUGACCGCUUGCAGAAACAAGUCUCGCAGCUUGUAUGUGAAAAUGGCUAUAUGCGGCAACAAUUGCAAAGUGUAUCGGCGGCCACUACUGAUGUAAGUUGUGAAUCAGUGGUAACCACUCCUCAGCAUUCCCUUAGAGAUGCUAACAACCCUGCUGGACUACUACCAAUUGCAGAAGAAACCUUGGCAGAGUUCCUUUCUAAGGCUACAGGAACUGCUGUCGAUUGGGUCCCGAUGCCUGGGAUGAAGCCUGGUCCGGAUUCAGUUGGGAUUUUUGCCAUCUCACACAGUUGCAGUGGAGUGGCAGCCCGAGCAUGUGGUCUUGUUAGUUUAGAGCCAACAAAGAUUGCUGAUAUCCUCAAAGAUCGACCUUCUUGGUUCCGCGACUGCCGGAAUGUUGAAGUUAUCACAAUGUUUCCUGCUGGAAAUGGUGGUACAGUUGAGCUUUUGUAUACCCAGAUAUAUGCUCCCACAACUCUGGCUCCCGCGCGUGAUUUUUGGACGCUGAGAUACACAACAACCCUAGACAAUGGUAGUCUCGUGGUUUGUGAAAGAUCCCUAUCUGGUAAUGGGCCUGGCCCAAAUCCUACUGCUGCUUCCCAGUUUGUAAGAGCUCAAAUGCUUCCAUCUGGAUAUCUGAUCCGACCGUGUGAUGGUGGAGGAUCAAUCAUACAUAUUGUUGAUCACCUGAAUCUUGAGGCAUGGAGUGCCCCUGAGAUUUUGCGUCCACUCUAUGAAUCGUCGAAAGUUGUGGCACAGAAAAUGACUAUUGCAGCACUGCGAUAUGCAAGGCAACUAGCUCAAGAGACUAGCGGCGAGGUAGUAUAUGGUCUAGGAAGGCAACCUGCUGUUCUUCGAACAUUUAGCCAGAGAUUAUGCAGAGGGUUCAAUGAUGCCAUCAAUGGAUUCGGUGACGAUGGCUGGUCAAUGUUAAGUUCAGAUGGUGCUGAAGAUGUCAUAGUUGCUGUCAAUUCAAGGAAGAACCUCGCAACCACCUCCAUUCCUCUUUCCCCGCUUGGUGGCGUCCUUUGUGCCAAAGCAUCAAUGCUACUCCAGAAUGUCCCCCCUGCCGUACUGGUUCGGUUUCUGAGGGAGCACCGUUCAGAGUGGGCAGACUUUAAUGUUGAUGCUUUUGUAGCUUCUGCAUUGAAGUCUUGUCCGUAUACAUAUCCUGGGAUGAGGCCUACCAGAUUUACCGGUAGCCAGAUAAUAAUGCCACUUGGCCACACAAUUGAGCAUGAAGAAAUGCUUGAAGUUAUUAGACUUGAAGGGCACUCUAUUGGACAGGAAGAUGCUUUUAUGCCAAGAGAUAUUCACCUUUUACAGAUGUGUAGUGGCACUGAUGAGAAUGCAGUUGGAGCCUGUUCUGAACUAGUUUUUGCCCCUAUUGAUGAGAUGUUUCCAGAUGAUGCACCUUUGCUUCCCUCCGGAUUUCGCAUUAUUCCUCUCGAAUCAAAAUCAGGUGAUGCCCAGGAUACGUUGAACGCACAUAGAACAUUAGAUCUAGCAUCAAGUCUUGAAGUGGGCCCAGCAACAAACUCGACUACUGGAGAUGCAGCUUCUUGUUACAGUGCACGAUCUGUACUGACAAUCGCUUUCCAAUUUCCAUUUGAGGACAAUCUUCAGGACAAUGUGGCUACCAUGGCCCGACAGUAUGUUCGCAGUGUGGUUUCGUCUGUCCAACGAGUUGCCAUGGCAAUAUCUCCUACGGGAAUGAAUCCUACACUGGGGGCCAAGCUUUCUCCAGGCUCACCAGAAGCUGUAACAUUGUCGCAUUGGAUCUGCCAGAGCUAUAGUUAUCACAUGGGAACAGAGUUACUUCGAGCUGAUUCUAGUGGCGAUGAAUCAGUACUAAAGAAUCUCUGGCAACACCAGGAUGCAAUUUUGUGCUGCUCAUUGAAGUCGCUGCCAGUUUUCAUUUUUGCUAAUAAGGCCGGACUCGACAUGCUGGAGACAACAUUAGUUGCAUUACAGGACAUUUCUCUAGAUAAGAUAUUUGAUGAAUCCGGAAGGAAAGUGUUGCUCUCAGAAUUUGCCAAGAUUAUGGAACAGGGUUUCGCGUGUUUGCCUGGUGGUAUCUGCAUGUCAACAAUGGGACGACAUAUUUCAUAUGAACAAGCUAUCGCGUGGAAAGUGUUUGCGUCGUCUGAAGAAAAUGCUGUCCACUGUUUGGCCUUUUCGUUUAUCAACUGGUCAUUCGUGUAAUGCUAUCAUAUUUUUUUUUUCUUUUUCGACCUUUCUCACAGAAUACUGAUAGCCAGGAACACAGUUGAAUGAGGGGACAAACGAAAUUUUUUGUAACAUGUAAAAUUCCCAGUUUCUUCUGCAUUAAUUUAAUUAGACUGGAAGGUGUAUUUCAUUUCUUGAUUUCUUGAUACUCUUGUGUAAAUCUUUUUAGUGCAGUUUUGUUUUUGUUUUUUUU